CCUUCAUCUGUCAUCCGACACUUGGAUGGAGAUGCCCACAGGCAGCUGCAUCGAGUCCAGAAGAUCAUUGAAGAGAACCUGCUACUUAAUUGCUGCUGCAAUCUGCGUGCUACAAGUGGAUCAGCUGCGUGGACUAUACUAAUUGCAGUUGCUGUUUUACAUAUGACAACUGGAGUCCUUCAGGGUUCAUCAUCCUCUCUCCUCUUCUGCAGACUGGGACAGAGCAGUUCAUGGACGAAAAGGCUAACAGCUCUUCAGGUUUCAAUACUUGCAAUUAAUUUCACAGAUCGGUAUCAAUCAUGCAUCUCAACGUCAUAACUCCAUUUGAUUAAUCAAAGAGUUUACUGAAGCCAAAAUGUUACUAGUGGACGUUUGAGAGAAAGUCAAUGGAAGAAAUAUUCGCAGGUUAAUUACGCCGUAAACUGACGGUCAACGUCAAUUUUGACCCGACCCACCCGCUGUCUCCUCCUCCUCCACCUUUGCCACCACCGCCACGGCUUAUUAAAAUCCUUCCGUCCUCGCCUUUAGAAGGCAACGCUCGAUCAUGGAGGAAAUGGCGUGGAUCUCCCAAGCCUUCUCCCCAGAUCAUAACGAGGUCCUCGCCCGCGCCCUGCAGAUAUCACUCUCCGAUGACUUCCCGGCCGUCGUCGAUGACUACUGCUCCUCCUCCUCCUUCGUCGACGCUCUCCGCCGGCGGAACCCCCUUGCGCCUGCCGCCUCGGAGAGGAUCUCCAAGAAGUCCAAGCGGAAGCCGCGCGGUGGCGCGGGCACGCGCUCGCAGAUCACAUACAUCAGCGCCGACCCGGCCAACUUCCGGGAGAUGGUGCAGCGGGUCACCGGACUGAUCGAUCUCGCGCCGCCGUCGGGCUCGCGGUCGCCGGCUCCGAUGGGCUGGCCUGAGCCAGCACAGCCGGCGCUGCCGCAGAUAUUGCUGCCGACGCUCGACACGUCGGCCUUGUUUCUUAACCAGUUUGCCGGCGGCGAACUAGGACCGGCGCAGGCUGCGUCCCACCUGGACGACCUGUUGUCGCCGAUAUAUCCGACGUCGCUCGAGUCGUGGGGCGUUAUGUAACAUAUAACAGCUGUGACAAAUGAAAAAAAAAAUUCACAGCUGCCUGGUUAGGUUGUUUAAUUUGAAGCGUCCGAUGUGGAUCGGAAGGUCGAGAUCGUUCCUCUCUCAAUCCCGUUAUAUUCUCUGUUGUUACAGUUGUGUAACACUUCUGUCUAAUUGACUCUUUUGAUGAUCGGUGCACUAA